UUCGGCUCGUUGAAGGCCUUUCCUCGGACAAGCUUCUCGAUUUUCUACCCUCGUUUCUGGUUUCUUCUCCAAAAGGGCCUUAGGGUUAGGGUUUCGGGGGCGAUGGCUAAUCGUACGGACCCAGGGGCGAAGAGCAUACACGGGACGAACCCUCAGAACCUGGUGGAGAAGAUCCUACGGUCGAAGAUCUACCAGAACACGUACUGGAAGGAGCAGUGCUUUGGGCUGACUGCCGAGACGCUGGUGGACAAGGCCAUGGAGCUGGACCACAUCGGUGGGACCUACGGCGGCAACCGCAAGCCUACGCCGUUCAUGUGCCUUAUCAUGAAGAUGCUCCAGAUCCAGCCCGAGAAGGACAUCGUCGUCGAAUUCAUCAAAAACGAAGACUACAAAUAUGUUCGUGUACUUGGGGCCUUUUAUAUGCGUAUCACUGGGACCGUCACUGAUGUCUACCAAUAUCUUGAGCCACUCUACAAUGAUUAUCGAAAAAUAAGGCAUAAAUUGUCAGAUGGACGCUUUUCGUUGACCCAUGUGGAUGAGGUUAUUGAUGAACUCCUGACUAAAGACUAUUCCUGCGACGUUGCUCUGCCACGUGUCCAAAAAAGAUGGCUUCUUGAAACAGCCGGGAAGCUGGAACCCAGGAGAAGUGCUUUGGAAGAUGAUUUUGAAGAGGAAGAAGAAAAAGAAGAGGAGGACCAGGCCAUGGAUGGCUUAGAAGCUGGUGGUCAUGAAAAGGAUUAUUAUCGUGGUCGUAGUCCAACGAGGGAAAGAGAUCGGGAUAAAAAACGUGACAGUCAUAGACAGUACAGGGACAGGGACUAUGAUCGAGAACGUGGGAGAGGGCGUGAAAGGGAGAGGGACAGAGAGAGGGAUAGGGAUAGGGAUAGGGAUAGGGAGAGGGAUCGCCAUCGCCUGAGAGAUGAAAAAGACUACGGUCGGGAGAGGGACCGAGAGGGGAGGGACCGAGAGAGGAGAGAUAGGGACAGGGGGAGGCGCAGGAGUCGUUCGAGGAGCAGAAGCAGGAGCAAGGACCGUAAGGAGCGGGACCGCGAUGGCGGGGACCACCGCAAGAGGCAUGCCCGCAGCAGUGCCAGCCCACGGAGGCGGACUGAUGUGGAUGAUGGCAAUGCCCGAGAUGAACCAAGGAAGAAGAAAGAAAGGAAGGAGAAGAAGGACGAUGGGACAGACCAUCCAGAUCCAGAGAUUGCUGAACAGAACAGAAUCCGUGCAUCUCUUGGUUUGAAGCCAUUGAGGCCGUGAAAGGACAGUUGUUUGGCUGUUGUUCAUCACUUGAUUGUAAAACAGUGGGUCCUACCUAAGCAAACACGACUUCUCGUCCGGGAGUCCCACGUGAGACAGGGUGCUGCAGUAAAAGAUUGAAACCCCCAUCCAACGGUUGUAGUCCAUUUGAUUGUUGGCACUGAAAAUGGAUGGUCAAGAAUAAAAUAUGUUCCAGGGAAAAUGAAGGAAAGUUCAAUUGAUGAUUGGGAUUGUUAGCUGGAGAUGUUUGCCCGUUGCCCAUCCGGUGGGGUUCAAAACUUGAAUGGUAUGGAUCACUGAAAGGUGUGCGUGUGCCAUCGGUUCAGUAGGGACGCGGCCAUUUCAUCAGUGUGGCUCAAGCGUGUGACCUCACAGCUAAUUGGUGGCACGAAUCGAGCGAUGAUAGAGAAGUGAAAUGAGGGAAUUGGAUUUACGACAGCCCUUAAUAGUUAUUAAGUGGGGUUGUAUCUGACCACAUUACCUAGCUUGCUUUCAUUUUAUAGAUGUACAACCGUUCUUAGAUUGCAUUGGGAAGGUUUAUUA